UAAAAAUCCUACGCCUGGAGAUUUCACUCUUCUUCUUCGUGUAAACUCUUUCUCUGCCUCUCUCUCCCAUUCUUUUCUUUCUCUUCCUUCUAUGAAUUCUUAUCUUUUCCCUUUUUAUGUUUAUUUUUUAUUUCUGUAACUUCUUCAUCAGAGACAGAGAGGGGAAAUAUUUUUAAAAAGGAAACAGAUCAAAACUGUGAACGAUGAUGCAGCUGGGCAGUACUACUACCACAUCUGCCACAACCGCAGCUGCACCGCCACCAUCCAACGAUUCAGCCGCUACAGAAGCUGCAGCAGCUGUUGGAGCUUUUGAGGUGUCUGAAGAGAUGAACGACCGCGGUUUUGGAGGAAACAGGUGGCCGCGGCAGGAAACGCUUGCGCUGCUGAAAAUACGAUCUGACAUGGGAAUAGCGUUUCGAGACGCUAGCGUUAAAGGACCCUUAUGGGAAGAGGUUUCCAGGAAAAUGGCUGAGCUUGGUUACAUAAGAAACGCCAAAAAAUGCAAAGAGAAAUUCGAAAACGUAUACAAAUACCACAAACGAACCAAAGAAAGCCGUAGCGGAAAAUCCGAAGGCAAAACUUAUCGUUUCUUUGAUCAAUUAGAAGCUCUCGAGACUCGACCAACCUCCUCCUCACUCCCUCAUCAACAACCACAACUAUCUCAACCGCAAACACUUCAACCGCAGCCGCCUCUACAACCGCACAACAACAACAGCUCCAUGUUCUCAACUCCUCCUCCGGUAACAACUAUUACACCACAGAUAACAAACACAUCUCUUCCUCCUUAUACUCAGCCUGUGAGCAUACCUUCGUUUCCAAACAUCUCGGGAGACUUUCUGUCGGAUCAUUCAACAUCUUUGUCUUCUUAUUCAACUUCUUCUGACGUUGAGAUUGACGACGGAACAACCACCACGAGGAAGAAGAAGAGGAAGAGGAAAUGGAAAGAGUUUUUCGAGCGGUUAACUAGACAAGUUGUUGAUAAGCAAGAGGAGCUUCAACGCAAGUUUUUGGAAGCUGUUGAAAAGCGAGAUCAUGAAAGGGUGGUUAGAGAAGAGUCUUGGAGAGUGCAAGAGAUCGCCCGUAUCAACCGCGAACGCGAAAUCUUAGCUCAAGAGCGAUCCAUGUCCGCGGCAAAAGACGCCGCGGUCAUGGCGUUUCUUCAGAAAUUAUCUGAAAAACCAAACUCUCAAAGUCAAUCAAUCCCGCAACCACAACCUCAAUCACAAGUGCAAGUUACUAAUAAUAGCAACCAGCAGACGCCUCAACCGCAACAGCCUCCAUUGCAAAAGCAGUUUAAUAACAACAGCAACAUCCAGCAAACGCCUCAACCGCCUCAGCAGCCACCUCCUCCACCUCCACAACCAGUGACACCUACCUUAGUCAUUGCAAAAGCAGACAAUGGUGAUCAGAAUAUGACUCCAGUGUCGUCCUCCGCGGCAGGAGCUGUGAGCUCAUCGCGGUGGCCGAAGGUGGAGAUAGAGGCAUUGAUAAAGCUGAGGACGAAUCUUGAUUCAAAGUAUCAAGAGAACGGACCAAAAGGACCAUUGUGGGAAGAGAUAUCAGCGGGAAUGAAACGUUUAGGGUUCAACAGGAACUCAAAGAGAUGCAAAGAGAAAUGGGAAAACAUAAACAAAUAUUUCAAGAAAGUCAAGGAGAGUAACAAGAAACGCCCUGAAGAUUCCAAGACUUGCCCUUACUUUCACCAGCUUGAUGCUUUGUAUAGGGAGAGGAACAAGUUCCACAACAACAACAACAACAACAACAACAACAACAACAACGUUGCAUCUUCUUCCUCAACUCCCGGUUUGGUUAAACCGGAUAAUUCGGUUCCUUUGAUGGUCCAACCGGAGCAACAAUGGCCUACGGCGUUGGCAACUACUACAACGACGGCUACGGUUCCUCCUCCUCCUCCUCAGCCGUUGGAUCAUAACUUUGAUGAUGAAGAAGGCACAGACGAAGGAGAGUACACCGAUGAGGAAGACGAUGAAGAGAAUCAAGAAGAGGAAGGAGAUGAGUUUGAGCUUGUGCCGAGCAAUAACAACAACAACAACAAGCCGACGAAUAAUAUGUGAUGAGGAUGAUGAUUCGGGUUCGAGUGGGUUGUGGUGAAAGAUUAAUUAUUAGUAGUAAUAUUUUUAAAGUUUUGAUACAGAAGAAGAGAAUUUAAAUAUUGGAAGGGGGUGGUUUCUUUUUUAUCUUUGAUUUUUUAAGUUAUACUGAGAAAAAAAAAUGUUGAAAGAAAAUUUAAUAAAUGUGAUUUAGUUUUUUUUUUGGGGAUAAAUAAAUAAGUAAUGUUAAGAGAUGGGGACAAUGUGGGGUUCUAAACGCAAAUAAUUGAAACUGUAACUUGUAAUGUUUGUAAGUCCUUUUAAAUGAAUGGUUCUUGUUGUUGUU